AUGGAGAUCAUCGAGAUUGCUGGGUCUGAUUCAUUUCAGGUAGCUAGGGAUAUCUGGGACCCCCUCUUCGCUGCUACAUCACCUAGGUUUGCUCUUAUCUCUUGGAAGCCUCCACCCUCUGGCCACCUUAAGGUGAAUUUCGAUGGAAGCUUGCCCGCUAGGGGUGGGAGUGUGGGAGUGGCAUUUGUGAUCAGAAACCACUGCUCCAGGUUACUUGCUGCGAGAGGAUGUCAUUCUUUCGAGGAUUCAAAUUUUGGGACGGCGCUCAGGGCUACAUGGGAGGGGCUCUUAUAUGUAAGACAUGUACUUGAUGCCGGCUGUAUCAUAUUGGAGGGAGACUCAGUCUUGUUGAUUAAGUGCUUACGGAAGGAGGGGCAAGGGGAGGUUAAGCACCUGCUUCUAGAGCAUAUACGACGUAUGCUGCAGAAAUGCCAUGUUGCCCAAGUCAGGCACGUAUUUCGGGAGGCGAACCAAGCUGCGGAUUGGGUCGUCUCAUUUGUUGCUCAUCAUUCUGGAGAUUUUCUAUGA